AUGCAGACGGAUAGCAUGGUUGUCGGCUCCUCGUUUUGUGACUGGAUGUUUGUUCUACUCUCGGCCACGCUGAUCGCGCAGGGCAUCCAGUACGUCCAGUGUGCUGAGUCACGUUUUAGCUGGCCUCCAGCGCUGCGGCCCGUCCUGGAGGCCGCUGUGGGGAUCGCCAACAGCGCUGUUGCAGUGGUGGCCGCGGCCUUUAGCUCUCCUCGAUCUCUCCCCCGCACCGUCAGGCGGCGACACGAAAGAGAAAGGGAAAAGCGAGCAGCCAGAGCCCUCAAGCGUUCCAACAGUGCGAAGAUCAGUGUCAAUCGCGCGGGUGCCAAACAAACGGCUGCCGUUGGCGCGCAGCCACUGCCGCCACCGGUCUGCAAUCACGAUGACGAGGGCUCCCACUCUCAGGCUGCUCCCAAGGCAUGCUCCAAGGCCAACAGCAACAUCAAGGCAACGGCAGGAGCGCAGGUGACCACCUGCUACCGGUACUUCGCCAACUACGUUUCCUCCACUGACAACAACCUCCUCUGCCAUGAGGCCAAUGAAGCCGGACCGAAGCCCUCCCAACAUGCUGCUCUCUGCGACGCUCCCCUUGAUGCUCCCUACGAUCAUGAUGGUGCCCACAAGCCUGUCGUAGUCCACCCUCCGCCCCAACGCGACGAGCCCACCGACCAAAAAUCGAACAGUGCUGCCGCCUCUCCCUCAACCGCGGCACACGACGAAGACAAGUGGCAAAUCGAGGACCAGUCGCGAGGUGUCUUUGUUCGCUGGGUCUUGGCCAAUGCCGUCUUGUCUGCGGGGAUUGUCAGCUUCGGUGGUGUGGCUCAGGGCUCGCAAUCGACGGGCGGUUGGGCGCCGUCCGCGGAUGGGGCAGGCGGCAAGGGGAGAAGUAGUAGAGGUAGUGGUAAUAAUAAAAAGGGCCCGGGCAAACGCAAACGGGGCCAAGAUGAUGGUAGAGACGAGAAGAAGCGCGGCGGCCCAGGCCCCUUCCAUCGCCACGAUGACGAGGGCGAGUGGGACGGCCGCUUUCUGGCGUGUCCGUACUACAAGAUGGAUCCGCACCGCUAUUCUCGCUGCUGGGCAAAGUAUGAGCUCAAGCGCUUCGCUGAUGUGAAGCAACACCUGAUUCGCUGCCACAAGGUGAAGGAGUACUACUGUAGCAGAUGCUGUCUCGUGGAGUUUGAGGACCAUGACGCGUGGGAGCUGCACUCGCAGAGCUGCAACGAGCCCAAUACUGCCUUGAGACCGGAGAACUUCACCGUGGACGAGAUCGAGCACCUGGCGUAUGCCCCGCGAGGUGCUACCGAUGAGAGAAAGUACUAUUGGGCUUGGGAAACUUUCUUCUUUAAGCAUCCUGCGCCGGAAUCACCUUACGUUCCCGAUUACCUGACUGAAACCCGGUCGAUUCUCUCCCCAGACUUCCAGGCUGCACUCCAGACAGCCCUGCUCUCCCCACCUCCCGCCAUCAACAUCGAGCGGGCAGAGGGCGAAGACAUGACCGCCUGGCUUUCACGCUUGAGCGACUACCUUGGCCGCCGGAUGCUGGAGCUUGCGAGCCAGGCAGAACAUCCUCGGAGGCUUAGGUUCCCUCCCAGCGAUGCCCAUGCCGACGCUCAUGCUCCUCCUCCCCAUGCGAACCAUCUCCAUGCCCAUCCCCAUGCGAACCGUCCAGCGGUUGCCUUACAGCAGCCUCAGCAGCCUCCUCCUCAGCCCCAGCCUCAUCCCCCACCACAGCCACAGCCCGUGGCUCCGGCACAUGCCCCCGCUGUUGCUGGCCUGUUUCCCACUGUAGCUCACCCGCUACAGGUGCCUCCUUCACUGCUGCCCCAUCACCAAAGCUCGCUGCCGCAUCGUGUUCAGCGGUCAGCCUCUGCUGCUGCCCGGGCUGCUUCAGCGGCUGCCUCUCCCUCUGGCGUUGGCACCACAAUCUCUCCAUCUCUCCUCAAUAUGGGCAUGGGGAUGAAUAUGUACUAUCAAAACUCUCAUCAUCAACCUCACCCUCGUCAGCGGUCCCAUCGCCCGGCUCGUCCCUCCCCAAUCCCCCCGCUGGACCAGGAAGAAAUCCCGAUCGACCCUAAUUUAUCCUACCUCGAUCCUCCUCCUCCUCCUCCACCGGCUCCCCAAGGUCCACCCGGGAACACGAAUCAACCUGCUAAUGCUGACCUAUCUGACGAUGACAAUGAUGAUGACGAUGACUUCGACUACGGUGCAUAUUUUUCUCUGCCAUGA